AUGGCAUUUUGGCUACCUCAGAAUAUACAAAAGCGGCUGCUACUUUAUGUCCUCCAGCAGAUUUCACUGUUUUCCAAUGUGGAUCUUUCCAACCUGGACGUUUCCAUAGGUUCUAAGUCACAUUUCUCCUUUCAUGAUGUAAAUCUAUCGCUCGAUGAUCUAAAUAUUCCAUAUGUGCAAAUAAACGAGGGUGUGAUUGAGGAGCUAGUGUUGAAACUAACUGUUUCUGGCGGGGUGGAGAUUGAUGGAUCCGGUCUCAGAUUUGUCAUGACACCCUUAUAUUCCAGUAGUUCACAAGAACUCCACUCUGAUUUUUUGGCUAAGAGUAUUCAAGAUCUUACAAAUUCUAUGCUACAAUUCACUGAUCCGUUAAGUACACAAGAUAGAUAUAAAGAAGAUGAUAUUAGCUCUUCGGAUAGUGGUAGUGACCUCAACUCCAAUGUGGACACUCUGAAAGCAACCGGGAGUAGUUCAUAUACACUUCAAAAUAUGCGGAAUAAGGCCCUCAAUGUUGCUCUAGCGAAGUUGAAAAUAGCGUUAAAGAAUAUCACGAUACGUUUCAUAAUGAAUGAUAGGGAUCCCUCCGAAAACAUUCUGGAAGUUCAUCUGGAAAGCAUACAACUCACAACAACGGAUGGCAAUUUGCGGCAUAUAAACAUUGGAAAUAUUACUGUUUCAUUAAUAAAGAAACAAACGACAUCCGGAUUUACCUCUCAUUCUUCCAAUAAUGAUCUCUCGGAAAGCGUCUAUUUAUCGAAAAUGGAGGCCACUUCGCUUUAUAUGAGCGCCAUGGAAGAACAGUCAAAUGAAGACGAUGACGAAUCUGAAAUUACGCAGACACGACAAGAUGAUGAUAAGUGCAAAGAAACCUUAAUGGAAAUAAAUAACUUGAACAUAGCAUUUAGAGGCUUAUCAUCUGUUAAUGAUCUCAAAAUGUAUGAUAUCGCAAUAGAUGUGCAAGACGUUCAUCUGGCGCUGUACAAAAUCGUCGAAACAAAAACCCCUAUCUUGAAAAAAAUCAUAGAGAUUGUCGUCACACAUUUGGAUUUAAAUGAUGAUUUUGCCAAUCAGGACUCCACAAGCCCCUCGCAUGGGGAACAAAAACCUUCUGCUCUUUCCUCCUUGGAUGUUAAGUGCAUAUAUUUGAACUUAUCUGAAGAUAUCACCGCAAUUUUAAAAACAUUCGAAAUGAAACAAAAGCAAGACAAUGUACGAGCCUUUUCUCUAGGAUCUUUCUAUUCUAAUUCAGAUUCAUUGACGAUCAGUCAUAAAUCCAAGGCAUUGUUUUCUGCGGAACAGACCUCACAAAGCAUAAGCUUAAGUAUUGCUGACGAAUUGGAGAUUGUUAUUGGUGGGGAUGGCAUUGCUCAACUAUUUAAGAUUUAUCGAUUUAUUUCACUAUGCAUGUCGAUUUAUCAAAGUAAGUCGAAAAGACUGGCACCAAAAUCAGCCUUGAAUACAGUAAGAAAUUUAAAAUUAACCUCCAAAACAUUAAAUUUAUCGAUUAAAUUUUCAAAUUUUUUGCUACAUUUCCGAGUUGCACCUUUCGCUUACGAUUCUGGAUGUGAUUUUCAUAUUGGAUUGAUAGACGUAUUUAAAAAGUAUCCAUCUCGACACACAAAAGUAUUCACGUUGUCAGAUGUCACGAUUUCUAAUCCUCAAUCGCGCUUGCAACUGGGUUCAUAUGAUGAUACCUUAAAAGAAGCGUUGAUUUAUAGUUCUGUCCACGUUAGCAUCAAAGAGAUCAUACUGCAAGAUGAAUAUACAGGAAUAAUGCAGUUGAUAAAAGGUAUGUCUGAAAUUGGAGAACUUUUCGCUGAUUCAAAAAAGGUUGAGCAUUUAAGCAAGUGCAAAAGUAAGAGGGCUUCCUUUUUGCAGAGAAGUGUUAGAGUACUGAAUUCCUCUAGGUUUGUUUACAAGCAGAGUACAUCCGCUAAUUUUUCCCUACAGGUUGGUACCAUAAAAUUAAAACUAUCAGAUAUAACAGGUCCGCAAUUCGGUUCAGUAGAAGCAUUAAUAUCUGAUAACUUUUUUGCACUUACCGAUGACUCUCAAAUUGUAUAUUUUGCAAAGAAGCUGCUAAUAGAAAGAAAGGCAACGUCACUGUUGGAACCACAAGAAGUCAUGUCGAUGAUUUUGAAUAAAAGCAUUAAUGAGCCUGUCUUAUAUGUUCAUAGAAGGGCAAACGGAAAACUCAAAAUUAUUUUUAAUAACAUGCGUGUACAUUAUUAUGCAAGAUGGUUAGAAAUAUUGAAAAAGAACCUAGAUCCAGAAAAUUCCAGCUCAGAAGAUGCUUCUGCAACACAAGAGCCAAGUAAAAAUCCGUCAAACUCAGGAUUUCCGUGGGAAUUAAAAUUUUUAGACUGUGCUCUAAUUUUACACCCUUUCAGGAUAAAAAGUGUAAUGGUUGUUGUACUCGAUAACCUAACGACUAGUGGAAGUUCAUUCAUUCCGCAAGUGAAACUCCUUUCAAAAAUGAAUACUCUUUUCCUAAUAGACGACUACGCAAAUUUUAAAAUCCAAAAAGACAAGAACUGGCCUACCUUGAUAAGUUUUUACGCUAAUCAAGGCUUCUCCGCGAUUGGUAAAAUUGAUACUCUAAAUUUUUUGAUAAACAAAUCCCACGAAACACUUUUAUUAGACUGUAAAAUAGAACAAGUUGGUCUUUCAUUGUGUGCAGAUUCCUUUCAAAGCUUUUGUCAACUUUGCAUUGAUUUAAAAUAUCCUCAAACGUUCCCUGAUGAGAAAAAAUUUAAAACAGAACUGAAAGAUCCCAUUGAUGUGUUUAAAAACGUUGAUCGCGAUCUUUUCAAUUCUGCUUUCAUACUUGAGAACAAUAACCUUCAAAAUGAUUAUGACUCGGUGCAUUUGGUGGAUAGUUUUCUCGAUAAGGCUCACGAAAUUAAUAGCGGCGCCAAGAGUAAACUCUCUUCUCAGGGUUCGUAUGAAGUGGGUUCUUCUUCUGGAACUAGUACGGGAGGCAUUCUACUUCCACACGAAAGUUACUUGGACUCCGCGCAACCAAAAGAAGAGGAUAAUCAAGUAAUGGCGUCAAAAGAGCAAGAAGGGAACAUAAAUAUAAGGGGAAAUAUUGAUAUAGAGAAAGUUAUUAUAAAACUAUUUGAUGGAUACGACUGGAAAUACACGCGGAAAUUUAUCACAAAUACUGUGGAGAAAUUGGAUAAAGAGCUCAGUCAAGUGGAAGAAAAGGGUUCGAAAUCUAAUAUUCAAUCGGAGGCGAACAUUUUCGAUUCUAUAUAUAUCUCCGCUAAUAAAAAUAAUGUCACUGAUCUGAGGAAAAACUUGGAUGGUGAGAUUCAAGGGGUUAAAAAUUCUUUCGCUGAUGUAUCCAAAGUUAAUCUGCGACCUUCCAAGCACUAUAAAGCGUUGAUUCAGUUAACUAAAUUGCAGGUAAAUUUAAAGAAUUAUCGAGUGGACGAACCUGACGAAUCCAAAUCUGAUAAUUCCACGGAUGUGUUGAACAAAUGUAUCGUUUCCGUUUACGAGUUUGAAAUUGUUGAUAACGUCCCAACAUCUACAUGGAAUAAGUUUGUAACUCUACUGAAGCAUGAACCGUGGCCACACAAUUCGCCAAUGUUUCUUCUGGAUCUCGAACUUAUCCGUCCCAUUGACUUUUUGCAAGCUGUAGAAUUAGUGAUGCAAUUGAAAAUUGCGCCUUUACGCCUUCACGUGGAUCAGGAUACUUUGGAAUUUUUAAUAAGAUUUUUAGGUUUCAAAGAUAAGAGGUUUGAAUUGGUUGACGAAUACCCAGACAUUGUAUUUGUUCAAAAAUUCAGUACCAACGCAAUCAAGUUGAGACUAGACUAUAAGCCGAAAAAGGUUGAUUAUGCGGGUUUAAGAUCAGGACAGACUUCAGAACUGAUGAAUUUCUUCACGCUUGACGGGUCCAAGAUUACACUGAAAAGUGUCGUACUAUAUGGGCUGAACGGAUUUGAUGACUUAAAUGAUAAAUUAAAGGCGAUUUGGACGCCUGAUAUCACUAAAAAGCAGCUAACUGGUGUUUUGGAAGGUCUGGCUCCUGUUAAAUCGUUCAUGGCAAUUGGAUCAGGUGUGAAGACUUUGGUCACGGUAUUAAUGUCAGAGUACAAGCAAGAGGGGCAUUUGGGGAAAAGCUUGAAAAAAGGUGGUAAUGUUUUCAUGAAGACUGCAACUGGGGAUUUCGUUAAACUGGGAGUUAAAUUGACGUCAGGUACUCAAGCGAUAUUGGAGAAUACAGAGGAAUUAUUCGGUGGGGUUGGUUCCAAUGGUAGGAUGUACGACACAUCGAAAACGGGCACCAGUGGUGGUGGCGAUACAGAUGCUGCUGCUGUAUUAGAUUUGGAUACUAUAUUAGAGGAAGACCAAUUAGUUGGUAGUAAGUAUUCUAGAAUAAAAGACCAUGAGCCCACAGCAGUAGUCAUCGAUAUGUCUUCGUCGGAAAACCGAAAUGAACCCAAGAUAGUGAGUUUGUAUGCGGAUCAGCCCUUAGACGCCACCACGGGUUUGAAGGAGGCGUAUAGCUCACUAGAAAAGCAUAUGCAUAUUGCGUACGAUGCAGUAUGGAGAGCGAAGGGACAGAUGAAGGACGAUAAACGAGGAGGGCCCAGUGCUGCUGCAGUUUAUGUUGCCAGAGCAGCGCCCGUCGCGAUAAUUCGGCCAUUAAUUGGGGCGACGGAGGCCGUUUCCAAGGCUCUGCAAGGGAUAGCUAACCAAGUAGACAAGACGCAUACCGAGCAAAUCAACGAUAAGUACAAGUCUAAUCGAAGCUAA